UUGUUGCUACAUAAACUUUAUGAGUAUUUUUAUGCUUAUCCGAAGCAGGUUCGAUGGAUAAACAAGUAUUUUUCCUAUGCGACUCUUGGGCUACGUUGGCGGUUGUUAACAGCAUCCGGGUGUUGGGCCGCCGCAAGCGCGAUCGUGUCGCUCGCUACGUCGUCCACGGCCCUGCGGUGCAGCGCGUCUUUCGGCUAUGCGGGGGCGGGCCUCCCGUUGAGAUUACUUCAGCUUUUUUUGUGGGCCGCGCGGCAGAGGACGGCGGUGCUGUGGUGGAAGUAUGGGUAGGAUUGCCAAGUCUCGGUCAAGUUUUCUUUGACGGAACCAUGUUCUUCGCUCGCAUAGCUCAAAUGGAACUCGUCCGGCAGUAUGCAUGUUAUUGCCGCAUAGCUAAGCUACAGACGAUUGGUGGUGGUUGGGCGUCGCUGCGAGAGCCUAGGCAUGCGAUGCAGUACGCGGUCGAACUGUUUCACGUGGCCUCCGUUGUCGGCAACGAUGUUAUUAUGGGUAACUGUCGAAUUUUCGUUGGCUGGGCGCUCCUAUGGUCCGGGAAGACUGAAAAGGCCCUCCAACUAUUUAAAUCGGAAAGGAAGAUUGCCUGUAUGCGUAAUGAUCUGGAGCAACAAAGGCGAUGCGAGAACGCUAUUAUCAAUGCCAAGACCAACACUACACUGAAAGGUCAAGUCCUAUCGCGUAUACACCACAGGAUGUCUCAGCAAGAGGAAUUUCGUGGAUGCUCAAGCAGUAGCACUUCGGGGACUUCGUAUCAGAACACUAAGGCUUUUAUUCAGCUACGUGCGUGAUGGUAAUCCACGUGUGGCUUUUGAAGGUGAAAACCCUGUAUCUACUUCAGCCCAUACUAGAAAAGUUCCAUGUGUGGCUUCGAGGAUACCACGGUUGUGCGUAAAAACAGUAGUUAACGUAGGGACUGGUCCACUGGUGCCAACGUAACCUUUCUUUACUUUGUUUUAGGUGGUACUUAGUAAUGGCACCAUGAAUAGUAGCAGA